UAUCGUUCUUCUUCUCGUCGUUCGUGAGUUCGUCUCGAAGUCGAAACCCUAAUUUAGUAACAGUUAAAGCUCUGUGAGGAGAGAGGACCGAGAAUGAUGGUCAAGCCGUUGGAAUCGCUUCCUCCUAUGGAAAUGUUGGAAAUGGAGAGUGGACUUACGCUCGUGCCGCGCCUGAAACUCAAUUUCACAGUGUAUCCGUCGAGCCCUUCGGUGAGUAAAUCCCUUGAUGAGUGGAAGUUGAAGCGAGCUCUCAUUGACUUUCUCAAGUCUUCGCUUUCGGUUCCAGUUAUUGUCCCUGAGGAGGACUUGGUGAUCAAACGUAUUAAAAAACUUAAGACACGCAAGCGCGAAGAUCCACUUGCUCGUGGCACUCUCUUCGUACGGGAUCUUAGGUUUUUGAGAAAUGCUUGGAAGAAAUAUGAGGAGGAAGAAGAGGAAGUGACGGUGUUGGAGAAGAAGUUUUUGGAUUGGAGACGAUACCUGGUUGACAAAUUGGAUGGGAUUGAGCUGAAUCUUGAGGGGUUCAAGUUCAAACUCGCUGUCGUUAUACCGGAAUCUGAUAAUUUUGAGGGAAUGAAGAAAGCUUGGGAGGAUUUUUAUGCAUUUGGGAAUCGUGGUGCCUCAGGAUAUUCGAGAAGUGGGAGCCAUGGACCUGAUACCAUUAUCUUGAGAGGUACACCAUCAAGGUGGUUCGCUGAGCCUCGGGUUUCGUCCAAGCCCUCCAUGUUGGUUACACACACCAUCUUUUCCACGUUUGGAAGGAUAAGGAACCUGAAUAUUGCUGUGGAUGAUGAUUUUGGUAAGGAUGGCAAUGAGGAUGGAGAAGGCAUAAUUUCAGGUCUACACUGUAAAAUAACAGUUCAGUUUGAGAAACACAGGGACUUCUAUAAUGCUCUAAAGGUGUUGUCUGGUCGCUCCUUGCAGAAGCAAGGAUCUCGUCUCUGGGCUGAUUACGAGGUUACCUGGGACAAGGAUGGUUUUACCCAAUACUCAAGAAAUCAGACACAGGGUGAUGGCAGCAGAAUGCAGGAAAUGGCCGGAGGACAAUAUAAGAAUGAAGCCUUAAGACGUCAUCGGUACUCAGGCUCCAUUCCUGAUGAUUCACGGCGAAAGAGGUUCAAGGAAUAGGAGAAGUGAACUCUGUAGAUUUCCUCAGUGUAAGCUUGAAGUUUGCUUCUGGCAUUACUUGGAGUAGCUCCUCUUGCAGGCGUAAAUGGUUUUCUGCAAUUCGUAAUGACAAUCUGACUUCUGUUUCUCACACAAAAAUCUACAAUGCCCACAUAUAUCUCCAGUCCCUUGGCCUGAGAUAAUCUUGUAUAAAUGUUUAAGAAAAUGGCUGGAGCAAGUAACAUAUUUCUCAGAGAGGAGACAUGAAAACUUUGUUUUACCAGGACCUGAGAUCUUUUCUUAUAUAGUCUGUUUAGUUUGCAAGACCUUUUAAUUAUUUGUUCCUUUCUUGGAGGAUCUGGCAGCAAAUCUUUUACACUUAAUCCUAAGUAAUUAUGAUAUGAAAUAUGAUUAACAA